CCUGGCGGGCGCGCGGGCCGCGGCGGCUGCCGCCUGGGGCCCCGAGCGUCGUGCGCGGCCUCGCGGAGGAGCGGGCGCCCCUCGUCCGCCUGGGCGCGCGGGGGGGGCAGCGGCAGGCGAGGAGGCGCACGCCGAGGUCGACCGCCGCGCCGACGGCCAAGCAGCUGGCCUGGGCUCAACUCCUCGAGGAGGCGACGGGGAUGUCAUUGCCCCAGUCCAACUAUGAGUCAUCGCGCGGCCUGGAAAGGGAUUGCGACCUGCUCAUUGCCGUGACGCCUGUGCCCCCGAGCGAGGCUCUGCUGCAGAAGGCAGAGAGGUUGGCGACGAGGGACCGCGUGGAGCUGCCAGAUAGGGCGCGUCGCAGCAAAAACGUCUGUGCAAGGUUCAUCAAGGAACGAAGCCGCAAGCGAGGGUCCCUGCCCCCCACGGACAAUCAAAUACUGCUCGCAAGGCGCUUGCUGCUUGAGGUAUCCGGGGAGGACCACCAGGACGUGCCAGAGGACGUCUUGAAUGACGAAUCUAGCUGCUCCAAAUUCAUCGAUGAUAUGAUGAAACAACGUGAUGAUGAGGAAUUGCAGUUCCGCCCCCCACUGUACAGAGUCAAUAAGGCGAAGGAACUGGCCGAGAGAGCGGGCGAGGAGGUGCCGAAGGACGUGCUGGAGGACGAACUGGAGCUCGAUGGUUUCAUCAGAGAUCUAGAGGCUAAACUUGGGGAGAGUGUGCCAGCGCACCAAAAGCGCAUCGAGGAGCAGGCGCCGCCGAAACCGCCGGGGCAGGCUCAGCUGAAGGUCGCAGAGGCUCUGGCGAACAAGCAUGGCCUCGAGGUCCCUGAGGAGGCCCGCAUGUCCACCAAAGCCUGCGUGCAGUUCAUCGCUGACCAUAUGCCUAAGCCAAGAAGAUAACUGCCAGAGGAGCCCGCCGACGGGCGCCCACGCGAGCGGAGCGAGGGAACCGCAGGGGCUCGCGUGGGCUCGUGCACGGGCUGCUGCUGGUCACCGUUUGCUGGUGAGCGCACCUCGGUCAGGGGCAGCGGCAAUGAGGGGCAGGCUCAGGGGGGACGCACCGACCCCCAAUCGCCUUGCAUCGCCGAGGCUCAGAGGAGCCCUGGCAUCGGUGGCCCAUCGCCAAUCUAUCGGCGGUACAUGUCGCCGCUUCUGGCUCGACGUUACCCCAACUGAGCCACUCCCCCCCUAUCGUUGGCCCUCACUGGGAGCGUUUUGCGCGUCCAUCGAGGCCAGCCUCGCACAGCCUCGCGGCCUCUGGGCAGCAGCGCAUGUAGCGGGGCGGUAUAGGGUGGCCCUCUUGGCGCACCCCUCGAGGCAGCGGGGUCAGAGGAUCGAGUUCGAUACGUCGUUGUGUCUAUUCGCCUUGUUCGGAUCUUUGCCGCGGGCAGCGCGCGCCCCGCCCGAGGACUCCGCGGGUGCGCCCGAACGGUGCCCCCGUCGUGGCCCGGCGGUCGGGCGAGCCGCCAGCCUUCCUGUGGGGAAGGUGUCGAGGGCAAUGCGAGCAUUGCCAGGCGGGGGCAGCCCUUCGAAG